AUGGCCGCACGAUCAACAUCUGGACCCGGAUUGCAACGGCGACGAGGAGCAAUCAAACAUGCACGAAUUCACGAAAUCCGUGGCCAUCAAUUCGUUGCGACCUUUUUCCGUCAACCGACAUUCUGUUCGUUAUGCUCCGAUUUUAUGUGGGGUCUGAACAAACAAGGCUACCAAUGUCAACUGUGCUCAACGGCGGUGCACAAGAAAUGCCACGAGAAGAUCAUCAUGCAUUGCCCAGGCUCGGCAAAGAACACCAAGGAGACUAUUGCUUUGAAAGAACGAUUCAAAGUCGACAUUCCACAUCGGUUCAAAACUUACAACUACAAGAGCCCGACAUUUUGUGAUCACUGCGGUUCGAUGCUUUACGGUCUAUUCAAGCAGGGAUUACGAUGUGAAGUUUGCAACGUCAACUGCCAUCACAAAUGCGAAAAGUUGAUGUCGAAUUUGUGUGGAGUGAACCAGAAGCAGUUGUCAGAGGCUUUGUACGAGAUCAAGCGAGGCACGGCGGCCAGUUCAAGUUGUCCACCUGCCAUUGGCAAUUUACAUCUCGGAAAUGGCGAGUCAAAGCACGCAAAUGGAAGUUUGCCAAAUAAGUUGAAGAACUUCUUCAAGACGCAGCAAUACAGCAUGGAGAACCAUGCCGAGCAUGAAGAGUACAUGAACAACAUCUGGACCGGUGGCGAGGGACCAGUGAAGAAAUUCGGUUUGCAGCAUUUCACUUUAAUGAAAGUGCUCGGAAAAGGAAGCUUCGGCAAGGUGAUGCUGGUUGAAUUGAAAGGAAAAAACGAGUAUUAUGCAAUGAAAUGUCUGAAAAAAGACGUAAUCCUAGAGGAUGACGACACAGAAUGCACAUAUAUCGAGCGACGGGUCCUUAUUCUGGCUAGUCAAUGUCAAUUCCUCUGCCAGCUGUUCUGCUCCUUCCAAACUAAUGAGUACUUGUUCUUUGUGAUGGAGUACCUGAAUGGUGGUGAUUUGAUGCAUCACAUCCAACAAGUGAAAAAGUUUGACGAAAAUCGAACACGAUUCUACGCUUGUGAAAUUAUCGUCGCCUUGCAGUUCCUGCAUUCGAAUAACAUCAUCUACCGAGAUCUGAAGCUGGACAAUAUCCUUUUGGAUUCGGAAGGGCAUGUGAAGCUCGCCGAUUUCGGUAUGGCCAAAACGGAAAUGAAUCGCGAAAACGGGAUGGCGUCCACCUUCUGUGGAACGCCCGACUAUAUCAGCCCCGAGAUUAUCAAAGGGCAACUGUAUAACGAGGCAGUCGAUUUUUGGUCGUUCGGAGUUUUGAUGUAUGAAAUGCUGGUCGGACAAUCACCAUUCCAUGGUGAAGGCGAGGACGAGUUGUUCGACUCCAUUCUAAACGAACGACCAUAUUUCCCGAAGACCAUCUCCAAAGAAGCUGCUAAGUGCUUGAGCGCUCUGUUUGACCGUAAUCCAAACACGCGGCUAGGAAUGCCAGAGUGUCCGGACGGUCCUAUUAGGCAACACUCUUUCUUCCGUGGUGUAGACUGGAAACGAUUCGAGACUCGACAAGUCCCUCCGCCAUUCAAGCCCAACAUUAAGUCCUCGUCAGACGCAUCGAAUUUCGACGAUGACUUCACAAAUGAGAAGGCAGCUCUAACACCGGUGCAUGACAAGUCUCUCUUGGCAUCCAUCGAUCCUGAAGCAUUCCUCAACUUCUCUUAUACUAACCCACAGUUUCUGUGA